AUGACACUAGCACGGUACAUGCCAUGGAAUUUGACCUCGACUUUACCUUCAACCUCUAGUUAUAGGAGGCUCUCGAGACCUCCCUUGCAGUCCAUUCCUCCUUCUUCGUUACCAUUGAGGACAAGGAGUAGCGAGAGGGAAAUGCAAAAGAAGAGAGAGGAUUUAAGUCGUCAGAUCCACGAGAAAAAGGUGACAAGGAGAUGUCGAGGAUUUCUGAGGUGGAUUGACAAGAAUAAGAAUAUACUGAAACACGAGAUGCGAAGUAAAGUGCAUCGAGCAUCUGGAAACUUAUCUUCAAGUAGUUUUGACAGACUUAUGGUGAGUGACAAGGAAUGUGGUCGUAGCACCGCUAGCUCAGGUCUGAUGCCAUCCUUCAAACCGGAAAUGAAGAAGUUCAACCAUGCUUUCGGUGGUAACCCAAAUAUUCUCUAA